GAUGGGAAAUUGAAAAUAUCCCAUACAAUAAAAAUUUGGGUAAAGACACUCCGGGAUUUUUAAUUUACUAUUCCCUGAUUAUUGAAUUAUUUGAACGGGUCACGUGUUCCCGAGACUUUCCCGCCGAGUCGAUAUAGAAAUGUUCCGAAGAAACUUCGAAUUCAGAUAAUCGGGCUCGCAUCGAAUAAAUUUGUUAUCAUGUCCUUGAUAACUCGAUGAUCCGUGUACCCACCGUGACAUUGAGCCCACAGAUCGAUAAACAAUUGCAUUGAUUUAUACAGUCAUUACGGAUGAAUUAAAUUGAGGUCGAACCCAGGAUCUGGAGGCACUUGUCGGAGCAACAGUGAGGUUAUGUUUGUGAAGUGUUGAAAAUUAUAAAUAAUGGAUAAUUUACUGGAUAACACGGAUCUCAAGCAGAAUAAUGACUUUCUGAUUAAAUAUCAUAGCAUCAACAACAAAUUAAAGAAGAGAUUUCUAAGGAAUCCAAACAUAACAGAAGCCAGUGAGCAAUUCAACUCAUUAGCACUUCAUUGCGAGCAGGAAGAGGCUUGGCAGUAUGCAGGCCUGUGCUUAACAUCAGUGGCACGUUGCUACCACACCCUUGGAGACACAGAAUCGGAGAUAAAUAAUUUAUUGAGAGCUGGAAGGCAUUUUCUAGCAGCUGACAAACAGAACUGGAGCAUUGGGUGUCCUUCACUGGGCCAGGAAAAUUUUCAGGCAGCCACCAGCAGCUUCAGUGAGGCUCUCCAGGUCUGUCAGAAUGCCCCUGAGUUCAGCUCCAUUGCUGCUGGCUCCAUGUUGGAGCUGGCAAUGGCCUUGGGACCAACUCCAGCGGCUGGACAACUCGUGAAAAAAUCCAUUGAGAUAUUUCCAACUGCUCAUGCGUUUGAUUUACUGAUGUCUUAUUACAUUAAACAAGGGGACUAUUCCUCGGCGUUAAACUUGAGCAAUGAAUUUAUGGACCUGUUGGAGUCCUCAGUGACUUCGCAUCACUCCGCUCAUUACAGAGUUUUCAUCCGUAAAAUUGAGAUCAAUCGAUUACUAUUAAUUUUAAUUCAACAAUCGACUGUUCAGAGAUUAUCUCCAGGAGUCUCUGAGGUCUUGGAGAAGUUCACGUCGAUUGAGGAUAAUUGGAGUGCAAAUACACACAUGAGCGAGGACGAGUUUAUACUAUUCCAGUCUCUAGUCCUCGCCUGUCAGUCUAAGGACAACGACUCUCUCCUCGCCCUCGAGAACGAUUUAUGGAAGUUCCUGGAUACAGAACAGAAGGACUUACUGCGAAUUCUAGUCAAGAUCGUGAUAAACGAAUAAUACCACAUUACUGGCCGAUUUUUAUAAUUUAUUCUAAAGUAAUAAACUUUCUUUUCAUAAACAAAA